AUGAAGAAGUUCUUGGAUAAGUGCAGUCGGAGGUCUUCUGCCUCUGGCUCCUCCACCAGCCAGAGGGAGUCCUCACAGAGCCGGGAGCAGCAGUGUUGGAGAGCUUCUAGCCUCGCUUCUCCCAGACAGCUCAAAAACUACAAAGCCUUUGGAAAGAUCUACAAGGCUGCAUGCCAGGGUAAUGUUACCGCGGUUCGGCUCUGUCUCGAACGUGGAAAAAAAGGCGUCAAUGACCGAGACAGAAAUGACAGAACUCUUUUGCACUAUGCUUGUGCAUACGGUCAUCCUGAUAUAGUGACCCUCCUAAUAUCGUGGAAUUGUGACCUUAAUCUCCGUGACAGUGACAACAGCACGGCACUAAUUAAGGCUUCACAGUAUAAGCAAGAAGAAUGCGCGACCAUUUUACUAAAACAUGGUGCUGAUGUAAAUGCUUCGGACAAGAAUGGGAACACAGCACUGCACUAUGCUGUUUGGUUUAACAACAUCUCAAUGACAGCCAAUCUGCUGGGACACAACGCUGAUAUCACUAUAAGGAAUGAGGAUAGCUUUACACCUGUCAUUGUGGCUCUAUUAAAAAACAACGAAUGUGUGUCACAGUUUUUAGUAGACAAGAAAGCCCAAGUACCACCGGAAGCUGAUGAAGUGGGCAGAAUUGCCAGCUAUCCUCAUUUUAGACUUUAUGGCUAUGAGAGCCCUGUUGUAACAGCUGUUGACUACAGUUACCACAGAGUCACAUCCCAGGAGUCUAGUGCCAAGUUACAAACAGAUACUUCAAGUAAAGAAGAGGAGGUGCAAGAUUGGUUACAGAGACUGAAACGUGAAAAUCUGAAGCCAAAAGUUAAAAGAGAACAUCAAACAGAAGAAUCAGAACAGCCUCAGACGAUCUUCGCUGGUACACGUUGGGCCCAGGAGUCUAGUCCCAAGUCACCAACAGAUGCUCCAAGUAGAGAAGAGGACAUGCGAAAUCGAUUAGAUAGACUGGAACGUAGGUUUCAGAAGCUAAAAGAUAAAAGACAACAUCAAUUAGAAGAAUUAGAACAGCCUCAGAUGACCUCGGGUGGUACAAGUUGGGCCCAGAUGUUUAGCUCCCAGUCACAAACAGAUGCUGCAAGUAGAAAAGAGGACAUGCUGGAGCAGCUAGAGAGACUGAAACGUGACUUUCUGCAGCUAAAAGUUAAAAUAGAAUGUCAAACAGAAGAAUUAGAACAUCCUCAGAUGACCUUGGAUGGUACAAGUGGGGCCCAGACGUUUAGCUCCCAGUCACGAAAAGAUGCUGCAAGUAGAGAAGAGGACAUGCUGGAGCAGCUAGAGAGACUGGAACGUAGGUGUCAGAAGCUAAAAGUUGAAAGACAACGUCAAAUAGAAGAAUUAGGACAGCCUCAGAUGACCUUGGAUGGUACAAGUGGGGCCCAGGAUUUUAGCUCCCAGUCACGAAAAGAUGCUGCAAGUAGAGAAGAGGACAUGCUGGAGCAGCUAGAGAGAUUGAAUCGUGACUUUCUGCAGCUAAAAGUUAAAAUAAAAUGUCAAACAGAAGAAUCAGAAAAGCCUCACGUGACCUUGGAUGGUACAAGUGGGACGUUUAGCUCCCAGUCACGAAAAGAUGCUGCAAGUAGAGAAGAGGACAUGCUGGAGCAGCUAGAGAGUUCGAAACGUGACUUUGUGCAGCUAAAAGUUACCACAGAACGUCAAAUAGAAGAAUUAGAACAGCCUCAGAUGACCUUGGAUGGUACAAGUUGGACGUUUAGCUCCCAGUCACGAAAAGAUGCUGCAAGUAGAGAAGAGGACAUUCUGGAGCAGCUAGAGAGUUCGAAACAUGACUUUGUGCAGCUAAAAGUUACCACAGAACGUCAAACAGAAGAAUUAGAACAGCCUCAGACGACCUUGGAUGGUACAAGUUGGGCCCAGACGUUUAGCUCCCAGUCACGAAAAGAUGCUGCAAGUAGAGAAGAGGACAUGCUGGAGCAGCUAGAGAGUUCGAAACGUGACUUUCUCCAGCUUAAAGUUACAACAGAACGUCAAACAGAAGAAUUAGAACAGCCUCAGUUGACCUUGGAUGGUACAAGUUGGGCCCAGACGUUUAGCUCCCAGUCACGAAACGAUGCUACAAGUAGAGAAGAGGACAUUCUGGAGCAGCUAGAGAGUUCGAAACGUGACUUUCUCCAGCUUAAAGUUACAACAGAACGUCAAACAGAAGAAUUAGAACAGCCUCAGAUGACCUUGGAUGGUACAAGUUGGGCCCAGACAUUUAGCUCCCAGUCACAAAAAGAUGCUGCAAGUAGAGAAGAGGACAUGCUGGAGCAGCUAGAGAGUUCGAAACAUGACUUUGUGCAGCUAAAAGGUACCACAGAACGUCAAACAGAAGAAUCAGAACAGCCUCAGAUGACCUUGGGUGGUACAAGUUGGGCCCAGACAUUUAGAUCCCAGUCACAAGCAGAUGCUGCAAGUAGAGAAGAGGACAUGCUGGAGCAGCUAGAGAGAUCGAAACGUGACUUUCCGCAGCUAAAAGUUACAAAAGAAUGUCAAACAGAAGAAUUAGAACAGCCUCAGAUGACCUUGGAUGGUACAAGUAGGACGUUUAGCGCCCAGUCACGAAAAGAUGCUGCAAGUAGAGAAGAGGACAUGCUGGAGCAGCUAGAGAGAUUGAAACGUGACUUUCUCCAGCUUAAAGUUACAACAGAAUGUCAAAUAGAAGAAUUAAAACAGCCUCAGAUGACCUUGGGUGGUACAAGUUGGGCCCAGACGUUUAGCGCCCAGUCACGAAAAGAUGCUGCAAGUAGAGAAGAGGACAUUCUGGAGCAGCUAGAGAGAUUGAAACGUGACUUUCUGCAGCUAAAGGUUAAAACAGAAUGUCAAACAGAAGAAGUAGAACAUCCUCAGAUGACCUUGGGUGGCAGAAUUUGGGUCACUGAAAAAGUCGAUAAACAUCAAGUUUACAGGUUGCGAGCAACAGAAAAUCUCAAUCUCAGUAGGGAGCAAGCAUCAGAAGACCAGAAUCAAAGUGCAGUUACUGCACAAGAAAACAGAAAUCACAGGGUGAUCCAUGUAUCAGAAAACCGUAAUCACUGUGAGGUGCCUGCAGCUGAAAAUGUGAUGUCCACUGCUGGGCAGGAAGCAGAAAACCUGAAUCAUAAUGCUAAAGCCCCGUUUCCACAAAAACAGGAUGGAAAAACUAAAGAGCCGUUGGUUCCUGUUAAGGAGAAUGGAGAGUAUUCUGAGCUUGAACAGGAAAAUUCAAGUUUAAGAAAUAGAGUAAGACAGAAUACAGGGAAAGAUGAAGAACUUCUGAAAGAUUCAAUUGAUCUUGCCACAGAAAAGCUAAACGAAGUGUUAUUUUACUGUGAGCAACUUAAAAACGAAAACCAGCUUCUACAUCAGAAGGCUGAAGCUAUGACAGCUAUCCAGGAGAAACACAAAAUGCUUGAAGACAGACAGGAGAUGCUCAACCAGGAAUUCUUAUCCCUUGAAACUCACAUGCAAAAGAAUAUGAUAGAGCGCAGAGAGGCAGAAACGUUAAAGCAAGAGAUUGAAGAACAAUCCAGACUGCAACUAAUGGAAGUUUUGGACGGAAUUUCUAGGUUUUCAAAGACCCAAUCUCAAGCUCAUGAAAAAGCAGAGCAGGAGAAAGAAAAUUCUUUUGCUUUGAAAAUAUCGGACAUGGAAUGCAGAGUCAAAGACCUGGAAUCCAAACUCUGUAGAGCCCAAGUUCAGGAAGAUUCUGUCAGAUUCAAGCUGGAAGUAUACCAGCAGUGCUAUCUUGACCAGCUAAAGGUUACAACAGCACUGACUAAACAAAUCAAUGCUUCCAAGAAUCAAGAAGAGGUGGAGGAAGAUAGUACUAGUACAAGGCUCACUUUUGAGGAAGAGCUUCUUACACAUCCAUAUACCAGUGGCGUGCACAUUCCAGAGGAAACUGGUGUUUCACGUCAUCGUCACUCCGUUGAAUUCAAUGGAACGUUUACUCCUAGUUUGGGGACAUCAAGUGACCAGCAGAGAGUGAGAGAUCGUCGGCCUAAGUUGCCAAGUUGCUUCAGCCCAGAGUCACUGAGUGUGAUGAGGAUCGGCACUGAAAUGGAGGACAGUGACCAGGCCAGCUGUGCUGCAAGGCAAGCCCAAGGAGUCCACAUCAGCAGGCAAAUAGAACACCAGCCUCUCUCCAAACCUGGAAAUCAGCCUCCCGUGCAUGUCCUUAACCAGCACAGGACAAAGCUCAUCCUUGGCCUUGAAUAG